UACUAUUUCACAUUACAGUCUAAUCUAUAAUGCAAUAUUAAGUGCAUACAUAAGGGGUCACAGUGCAUUUCUACAGCUACCGUAGAUGAUGUUUGUGAUCAUGAAUGACAACAAGGUUUCCGAAGUGUUACAAGAUGCAGAAUUUGUCAGAACAAGUCAAGUAAAGCCAUGUAACAGUUGUAAACUUUGUCAUAAGUUAGGUGACGUUUCGUGGGGUUUCUGAGGCCCUCCUGUUAGCGCUGAGGAAAUUGAGUAUUUUUAUUGAAGCAAGCAGGAAAAGAGAAAAGGAGGAAGUGCGAUUUGUCCACUCGCAUGACAGCACUCGCCAUCACUCUCCAGCUAGUCAAGCUGAAGUUAUGGCCUCGUGGUUUUGGCUAGCGCUCCUGCUGACACGCCUGUCACUCACAGAAAGCGUGACUCAAGCAGAAAACUGCAUUUUUCAACGACCGACUCCCAUCUGGAAGAAGACGGGGCACGACGCCAACCUGACGUGUAAAGUCAAGGAAAACUGCUUCACCUCGGACUUAGAUUUCCAAUGGUUUAUUUUCAAAGAGGACAGUCAUUUCCUUCUGAGCAACAAGCAUGACCCGAGGUUCACCUUCAGUGGAUCCUCUUUGAUCAUCAAAUCCACAAACGCCAACGACAGUGGGAUCUAUCACUGCGCUGCGCUAGAGAGAGGGGGUGCAAAGUCUGGAGCGCAGUAUGUCGGCACAGGUUCCAUCCUGGUGGUAAAAGAUAACAUCACACCUGUCAGUUAUAUCCUGCUGUGGGUACUGCUGGCCCUCAUGCUUGUCUACAGUCUCGCCGUUGUGACGCUCAUCAUCCUCAAGAAGGGCUGCAAGUUUGACACCAGCAAACCUGGAGGGAAGAAAAACUCAACAAGAAAAAUGGCCUUCCGUGAGGUGCUGCAGGAGAUGUACAGCAGAAAGACGGUGCGCAGCAAUAGCAACCAGAGACACGUUGAGGUCCCAACUUCCCACUGCAACACAUCGGUCGAUAACACCUACGAAAAUAUUUAAUACCACGAACGACAGAGCAGUUCCCAGAGUAUCUCUAAAGAAAUGGACAUCAAGAAUUACUAUUUAAGAAUAAAAAUUAAAAAAAAAACACAUAUAUAUGGCCAAGGAUGUAAGUUACACCACUCACACUAGAGUAUGAUCUCUCAUAUAUUUUAAUGAAACCAACCGCAGCAGUCACACAGCGCAAAUUAAAAUGUGAUGACUGCGAGACUUUCUUGUAUUGGUUCCCACUAGAAAGAGGUAGUGGUUUGGAACAGAGGUUCUCAAAGUGCUUACAUAAUUUGGAGUGAAAUAAAUCAUUUAAAUCCUCAUGAAGUGUGCUGUUUUGUUGCUCGGCAAGAAAAAAAAAAACGU